AGGUGUUUCGGCUCAAAGAUCGGGCAAUCCCAGGCGCCGCGCCGCAUAUCCGACGCCCCGAAUUCCCGCCCCAUGUCCUUCUUCGACCAGCUCCGGAACACUGCGCAGGAAGCGCAGGAGACGCAGCGGGCUCAGGAGAUGGCAGCAGUUCAGCGGUUCAUCAAGUUCUGGGUAAAGAAAUUCCAGAACGAAUGCGCAGCUGCAGCGCGCCGAGGUGGCACCCGCGCUUCGAAGAAGCUGCGUCAGAAAGACAUCCCGCACGGAGAAUAUUACAACAUGGACCGUGAUGCCGUGGCCCAGGAGCUGGCGGAGAGCCUGCGGAACCUAGGCGCCCAAGUGCAAGUGGACGCGUGCUGGCCUGGGGUUGCUGACAUCACCGCCGAGUGGGGCCAAGCACCGACCUCACCUCCCGAGGCCAAGGCCACAACCGGCCACGUCGGAAGCUGCCCAAUCUGCAUGGAGACCCGGCCCGUGGUGGCGCUGGUGCCUUGCGGCCACACGGUCUGCGGCACGUGUUGCAGGAGCCACGACCUGCGGCAGUGCCCGCUGUGCAGAAGGCAGGUCACCACAGCCACGGAGGGCCUCUUCGUUUAGUGAGCCGCAGUGAGAGGCAGUCUGGAGCCUGACUUCGAUAAAGCACCAUGG